AUGGCACCUUUCGGUAGGGUGCUCAAGGCCGCAGCCGGUGUGAUGGUGCUGGCGACGGCCACCGUCAUGGUGCUCGAGAGCCUGGAGCUGUCUCACGGCGGGUCGGGAAGAGGAAAGAGCGGUGGCGGCCGUGAUGGCGCUCCCCUGCAACGCCGGGAAGACAUCAUGAUCAACCCGGUCACUCUGCUGCCGAACGAAUGGAGGGUGAAGACGGAGGACGGAGGCAGUAUGUACCGCUGGCGUGUGUUGCAAUGUCCACGAUGA